AACUUGAUUGAUUUGAAGUUUGAACUCUUUUGACUUUUCUGUGGAUUUUAUUUUCAUUUGAAUGAUUUGAUUUGUGUAAUGUUUUUGUAGUUUUCCCUGUUCCCUGAGUUUUUGUUAUUGAAUAUUCAUGCGAAGGAAAUAAGAAUAUAAAUCACUCUUCAACAUCUAAAACAAAAACCUGAGAGUGAGAAAUUGAUUUUUCCGGUUGUUCAAUGCUGCAGUCGAUGCUUGCAAGGUUUGUGAAUUCCUUGCCAUUGGGGCUAUCGCAGCGUAUCACGAAGUUUUACUUUCAGGCUUUAGUUUGCAACCAGCGAGGUUCGCACAGCUUACAAGAGCACUUUGAGUAUAAGACAAUGGAUGUAAAAAUAUUGCCAGCUCUGAAAGACAAUUACAUGUACCUGAUUGUGGACAAAGCAACCAAGGAGGCAGCGAUUGUGGAUCCUGUGGAACCUAAGACUGUAUUACAGGCUGUCGAAGAUAAUGGAGUCAAGUUGACAACUGUGCUAACUACACAUCAUCAUUGGGAUCAUGCAGGUGGCAAUGAAGACUUAGUAAAAAUGCACCCAGGUUUGGAAGUGUAUGGUGGAGAUGACCGCAUAGGGGCACUCACCACAAAGGUCCAGCACAACACAAAGUUUAACAUUGGCCAACUGAAUGUCCAAUGUUUGUACACACCGUGCCACACUUCUGGACACAUCUGUUACUUUAUAACUGCACCACAUGAUGGGAACGAUUCAGUGGUGUUUACAGGAGACACACUCUUCCUUGGUGGAUGUGGAAGAUUCUUUGAAGGCACAGCAGAACAAAUGCACAAAGCACUAAUAGAGAUCCUCGGUAACCUGCCAGACCAAACUAAGGUGUUCUGUGGACAUGAAUACACCUUGUCAAAUCUGAAAUUCGCAGCUCAUGUGGAACCAGAGAACGAGGAGGUCAAGAAGAAAAUACAGUGGUCAGAGAGUCGGAGGGAAGAAAAGAAGCCUACGGUCCCUUCAACAAUAUCAGAAGAGAAACUCUACAAUCCAUUCAUGAGAGUGACCGAGCCAUCUGUUAUGAAGCACGCCAAGAAAAGCGACCCCAUAGAAACCAUGAGGGCCUUAAGACUCGAGAAAGACAAUUUUAAAGGAUAAAAAUACUAUGGAAUACUAAAUUAUAUCCAGCAUGCAUUUGCAAAAUAAUACUAUCCAUUUUAUACUACAUAUUUAAAUUGAUCACCUAUUUUUAUGUCAUUUGGAUGCAUUGUUAAUAAACAUUUUUGUUUUACA